AUGUUUGCAAUGCGUCGUUGGUGGAUCUGGGCGCCCAGUUCACGUUCAAAUGACGCUGUACACCGAUUCCACCAUCAGCUGGCGUGGUUGAUGGCAGUAUCCUCAAUAUCUUCUUGGAAAUCCUCAGAAGCGCGUGAGGCACACGAAGACUUUGAAGAACCACCGCCAGCCUACGAACAAGUUGUCGAAGUACCCGAAGAGCGGGCGGACGAGCUCAUCGCAGAUGGGAAAGCGUUGCCCUUGGACGAGAAACACGGUCCAAGUCAGGAAAGAGAGGCCCACGAAAAUGACAGCGACAGCGACAGCGACGGCGACGAAGCGAAUUGGGCUCUUGACGAAGCAGCCGAAGAAGUCGCGACGCCCGGAGCCGAAGAUCCCAAGCUCAAGUACGGAAUGAUGGCACAGCCGACGAUCGAAUCGUUCAGCGCGGUGGUGAUGGCGAAAUGCCCGCCUCUGAAUCACCCGACAAAUCCGCUGCAACGACCCGUUAUCAUUCCGCAGCGAAGACCCGGCGCUCGAGACCGCGGCUUCAUCCACGCUUACUCGCCCGACCUCGCCGAAAAAGGCAUUUCCGAAGAAGCUUUCCUAUCCUUCAUCCAGAACUUCCACGCAGCGUCACAAGCAUCGCCACUGCUGAACGUCGUCUUCGUCUCCGCAGGCGUUGUAGGCCUCGUCCCAGAGCCAAUCACCCAGAUUACAAGUAUCAUUAUUCAAUUCGCUGCUGGGGCAGCCAUUUACAUGCAGACUACACAGCGCACCCACAGCUUCCUUGACGAGAUGAACGACAAGUUGUUCAAGCCCAGGGGUCUGUACGCCAUGGUUAUGAAGUACAUCCCCCAAGGGACAAGACCAAUAUCCGUGCAGCAAGCGGACCUGAACACGAUCAUCAGCAAAGAAAAUGCGCCCCACAAAUCGUAUCAGAACUUCAGAGCAGUAAACGCGGGCCGGUCGUACGGAGCGAUCGAGAUGCCAGACUCUGCACCACUGGUAUUCCCUGCCCUGGACGAAGCCGCGCAGACGCAAGACCCGGCAAAGGCGAGCAAAUUGAAGAGCAGCAUGGCCUUCGUGACAGACUACUACGACAAGCGGGCACAGGCGUCCUACUUGCACAAGAACCCCGACCAACGCCUCGACCUGCCCAAGCCCGACUUCGGGACCCGCGUCAGCGAUCCCAACCAUCCCGCUUUUAGGGGCUCGUGGCUCACGCUGAUCUCCGGCGGCAAGAUCCCACCGAAGGCUGAGCGGCGAGCGAGGAGACGCGAGGAGAGGAUCCAGGCGGGCGUUGCACCGAGUAGGAAACAAGAGAGGAAGGCGUGGAAGCAGAAGAGGAAGCUGAUGAAGCAGAAUGUGCUGUAUCUGAUGAUUGUCAAUUCGCCGACUGAGCAGGAGAUGGAGGCGGCGAAGAUGCAGGUGCAGCAGCAGGCGGGGAUGAGAUAG